AUGCGCUUGGGCUCCUCAAGUUAUCAUGUUCAACGAAACGAAGCAGUUAGUCUAACCGAUUCCACAAAAACUCAACUUCUUCCACCAAAUCAUAUUCGAUGCACAGUCUCAUUCCUCGAUCGAAGCAAAUUCAAUUUCGAUCUCGAAAAGAAUGCGUUAGGUUUGGUGCUCCUCGAAAAAGUCUAUAAUUAUUUGGAACUCAUUGAAAAGGAUUAUUUUGGUUUGCUGUUUUUGGCGGUUGAUGAUGAUUCGCAACAAAAGAAAUGGCUGGAUCCGGAAAAAUGUGUGAGGAAACAAAUGGUUUGUCCGCCAUAUCAUUUGUUUUUUCGAGUCAAAUUUUAUGUAAGCGAUCCGAGUAAAUUAAGGGAAGAAUACACGAGGUAUGUAAGAUUUUCGGAAAAAAAUUUCAGCAAGUUUUCUAAUAAAAAAUCUUACAGAUAUCACCUAUUCCUUCAAAUACGCCUCAAUUUAUUCGAAGGACAACUUCCUUGUAAUGAAGGCUCUUUGGCAUUAUUGGCAAGUUAUACAGUACAAUGUGAGUCUAAACUCAUCCUAACUCAUUCAAAAAAAAACAAAUUUUUAGCGGAUUGUGGAGAUUAUGAUGAAAAAGAUCAUGGAAAUACAAAAACUUGUGGAUGUUAUAAAUUGAAAUUUGCACCGAUUCAACCGGAUGAUUUUAGUGAACGAGUUGCGGAACUUCAUCAGUUGCAUAUGUAGGUUUGAAAAAAAAAUAGAGAGUUGGGGAGAAAAAAUCUGGGGUUUUCUGAAAUUUAAUUUCCAAAAAAUGUUUUCUAGUGGUCAAUCUCCUGCUGAAGCCGAAUUCAAUUUCAUCGACCAUGCUCGACGUUUAGAAAUGUAUGGAAUGGAUGUGUAUGAAGGUCGAGAUGCAAAUGGAUUACCAAUUGAAAUUGGAGUCGGAUCCAUCGGAAUUAAAAUAUUCCACGAAGGAUUGAAAAUGAACGAAUUCAGCUGGUCAAGAAUCAUGAAGCUAAGCUUUCGAAAGAAGCAAUUUUAUCUUCAAGUUGCAUCCGAUCAAGAAUCAGCUGAAAUAUUGAUUAUUUUCAAUAUUUGCUCUCCAAAAUCAUGCAAACAAUUAUGGAAAUGUUGUAUUGAACAACACACAUUUUUUCGAUUAAAAUCACCGCCAAAAGUGAUUCAAAAGAAGACAUUAUUGUUCUCGGUUGGAAGUCGUUUUCGAUAUUCUGGAAGAACUGAAUAUCAAACAAUGGAAGAGGCUGAACAUCGAAAAAUAUCCACUCCGGUCAAUCGAAGUUUUCAUCGAAGUUCGUCGAAAAACUCGUUUAUUCGAUCGACUUUCAGUGCAAAUACACCAUCAAUUGAUUCAUCGAGAUAUACAACAACUACUACUGAAUCACCGGAAUUACCACCAAGGUUAGUUGAUGAAAUUUUAUGGGCGGGAGGGGGUUACAAAAAUGAAUUUCCCAAAUUUGAAAAUAUAUUUGAUAAGUUUGCGAAGUUUUUGUCUCGAUUUAGAAACAUUUUUGAGUGAGUAUUUUCUACAAAAAUUUCCGAUUUACUAAAUUGAAGUUCUUCGGCUCAUAAACUUCCUAAAAUCCCCAUGUUUUUUUUUUCAGCUCAAACGGCCAAGCCCUCGCUCGUCGCCUAAUCCACGCCGCAACUCGACACGAAUCCGAAACCUCCGACACUCUUGGCUAUGCUUCAGAUGGUGCUGUUGUGUGUGCACCAAUUACCACACCAUUGUCACCGAGAAGUAUUAGGGAUUACUGUACUGAUAGGUUAGUUGUUUUUGGAGGUUUUGAUGGGAGGGAAAAAUGAGGACCGUAAUUCAGUAGCCAGAAAACAGAUAUGACACUCAAAACUUUUUCUCUAUUUUUUGAGACCUGAUUGAAAUCUACCAAAUUGAAUGCAACUAUUUUUGAACUACCCCAAGUUUUUUUUUUCAAAAAGUUUGCUGUAGUAAAUAAAUACACGCUUUGAGAAAGAUAAUUUUGUAUUUAGAAAUAAGAUUUGUUAUGUAUCUUCUUCUUUUUGUGUUAUCAUCAUCAUCAUUUUUACACCCGCUGAUUGAUAAAAGGAAUAGAAAUAAUAAUAGUGUUCAUUUUAUUUUUCGGCCAAAAUACAGAUACACGUUUUGACACUCUAGAUUUUCAAAGCAAAAAAUUUGGACGAGGUGUGAUUUAAAAGUUUUGAAUCCUACAUUUUUGAAGUUAUGCCUCCAAGAGACCAGAUCUCCGAGAUGAAAAAGCCGCUAACGGGGCUUGCUGUUCACUACUGAAAUAUUUUUUCACACAAAAAACUAUUCUAGGGUGUAUUUCCUCUUCCUCCUAGGGAUUUUUUGUCCAGAAAUCAGAAAAAUGUUGGUCAAUCGGGUUGUAUUUGUUUUGUUUUGUCAUAUUUUCGUGUUUGUUGUCAUAUAUUUUUAUUUCUUUCUGCGUAAACAAGCAAAUAUUUUUAAUUCAAUGCUUUUCAAUUGUCUAUUCUUCAAUUUCGAUACCCUUUUUUUCUCGCCGAAUUUUUUAAUCCGCAUUUUUCUUGAUUUUUUUCCUGGAAAAUUUGUUAUUCUUGAAAUUCUGCUGGCAUUUUAUGUUAAUGUUGCCUAAUCUCAUUGAAGCCGGUUUUAUUUGAGAUUUUUUGAAAAAUUGAGAGAAAAACUAUUUUUAGAUACCGUUUAAAACAAUUUUAAGUCAUGUCAUUUUUAGACGAAAAGAGAAAAUUUUCACUUCGUUUUUGAAAAAGUUGUUUUCCAUUUUUAUAAAAUCUUCUGAAAACUGAAAACUUUAAUUUUCAUCAGAAUUUUUUUUUCCAUCUCAUGGACUAUUUUUCUAUGAAUAUCCUAUUUGCUCAGAUUGCUAAGUUUUUAAUUCAAUUCCCACAUUAAUUUUUGAAGAAUGUGGAAAUUUGAACAUUUAUCUGAAAAAUAAAAUUGAAUAAUUCAUGAAAGUGUGAUUUUUUGAAAUAUUAGCAACUUUUGAACGACAUUUUUUUUUUGAAAAUUUUCGCUUCGAAAUCAGUUUACCUUUUCGAACAUUUAAUCAAAUGCCAGCUUUUAUUUCAAUUUUUAUUACAAGUUCCGUUUUUUUCGAUAAAAAAUUUGGAUUUUUCAAAGUUUUUAUUACAAAAACUGAAUAGCUCAAUAAGAAAUUUAAUCAAAAAAUCAAGGUUUCGGUCAUUUUUUCGUUAUAACAACAUAUUUUUUGUUGGUUUAAUGUUAUCUGAUAAAAUGAACUAACAGUGCUUAUUUUCUAUUAAUCCGCGCACUCAUUUUUUCUGAUCUUUCUUUUUUUUCUGCCGGCCACCGGAUUUCUCUUCAUUUUUGUUCCGAUAUUUGUCUACUCGAUUUUUGCCUGCUCUCUCUUUCGGAUAUAUCAAAUUAAUAUUAUUUCUAUAUAUUUAUAUCGCUUUGUCCUGUCACAGAAAUGCAAAAAAAGAAACGCGGGCGCUGAUUUCAUUUUUUGACAUUUUUUCGGAGAACGGAAGUUGCCAGACAAAUUUCUAGUUUUUUUUUCCUUUUUUUCGAGAAAGUCGGCAUUUUUGAACCCAAGUACUGUAACCUCUUGUCUUCUCCGUUUCUGAUUUUUAAUGUUAUUAAAUUAGUUGGUUCUUUUUUUCAACAUUCAAAGAGAACUGGUUUUUUUCUGUAAUUCUUGUUAGAUUUGUCCUUUUUUGGGUGGCUUGGGUAGACGAAAAUAGGUGAAAAAUAUUUUUUUUUUCAAGAAAAAAAUCCUUCUUUGUUUCUACCUCACUUCAUUCAUUCCGAAAAAGAAAAAAAUCAAUUUCCGCUCAUUCCGCAAAUAUUCUUUUGAAGAUUUUAAUCUCAAAUGGAUCAUCUUGACCUCUUUUUUAUUUUGUAUUUUCCUGGAAAAUUACAAAGUUUUUCAAUUUUUGUCACAUCUGUUUCCUAUUACUUUCUCCUUGGAUAUUUUUAAUCUGAAAUUUCGUUCUUAUUAUUUCUUUUUGAUUCAGAUGAUCUGAAAUUUUGUCAUAAUGACUGAAAAUUUGUCGUUUGUCGAAAAAGCUUGUCUGAAAAUCAAGGGAUUAUGUGUGAAUGUUUGGUAUGUUACUUUGGCUGGAUGUCAUGAAAAUAAUGCGGCUGAAAAUGAGGCGAGAAAUUGUGAAGAUUUGAAAAUUUGCCGGUUAGUUUGAGAAAAAGAAAAUUAUCACUGUCUUUGAUUUACUGGAAAUUGUGUAUCAAAUUUUUUCAGAUUAAAAAUUAUCUCAAAUUUUAAUGUAAAAUUCUUCAGUUUUUGAACUCGUUGAUUUCAUCUAAUUUUUUAACCUAAAUGUCAAAAACCCCUCAAUUAUAUCAUUUUUCUCAUGUUUUUUUUUCACAAAAAACCCCUUGUUUAUCUGUCAUUUGAUAUGUUUUUCUCAAAAAACGCACUUUAUGCACCCUGGUUUUUGAAACUCUCAUUCUUAUUCCGAAAAAUUGUUCCCCUGGGACAUAUACAUUCAUUUUCAACUUUUUUCGCUUUCGCCCCUCUUUUUUUCAUGUUGCAAAGAAAGCACCGCAAAAAUGGGAAAUUGGGAAGAAAUUGAAUUUUUGCGCGGGCAGGGAAAUUAGGUAGAUAAUAUUGAUCGAAAAUGAAACAAAAUUUGUAAUUCUCGAGAGUUUUUGCUCUCUGUAAAAUGAUACUUUUUGAUGCCGAGAGCAUCAUGAGAGAGCAAAAAAGUAUUAGUUUUUUUUUAGUUUUGAGCAAGAAGGUCCUUUUUACGUUGAAAAAUAUCUAGAGUUCUGAAAAUCGUACAUUUUGUGCAAAUAUCUAAACUUUGGUUCGAAAAAUUUUUCGUUUGAAAAUUCUGAAUUUUUUAAAUGCGAUUCUAUGAAAUUUGAAAUUAAAUAUAGUUUAGAUUUAAAAAAUUGACAUAUUCGGAAUCUACAGUAACCUUGAAAAAGUUCAGAAUUACUGUAUAUUCAUAGAUUUCAUGCAAUUCUGACCUACAAAAAAUAGAACCGCCCUAAAUUUUUCAAAAAUUACCCAUUAUUUAGAUUUUCGCUAAAUUAAAUAAUUAGAUAAAAGCUCCCAGAAAUUCUCUAUUUUUCUGUGAACAAGAAUUUUUUCAUGAAAUAGAAAAAACCCGCAGCUGCCUCCUUUAUUUAAUCCUCUCUUUUCUCCAAAUUUUUGACAGGUAAACAACGAAAACCCAUAUUAUUUUGGGUGGUCCGUAUAUAUAUAUAUAUAUGUAAUUAAAUACUAUUUAUAAUAUAAUCUCCUCUCUCACUCUUGCUUUCUCUUGCUCUUUUCAAUUGUGUUGGUCCCCCGCAUUGAAAAAUAAUAUUGUUAUUUUUAUGAAAUGGUCAAAAAUUGGGGCAAAAAAGUAAUGUUAUGAAUUUUUGAUAUUUUUUGAUUGAUGGGAUUUUUGACAGCGGUUUCGGAAGGAAGGCAUACCUGGAAAUUUGAUAUUGAAAAAAAGCUUGAGAGAGAGAGAGAGAGAAAUGUGAUUUUUGAGUUUCAGAAUUUAAGAAUUAAAAAAAAAUAAGAAACUUGGAACAGAUUUGAUUUUCAAAAUGUGGCAUCCACAUGGAUGUUCAAAGCAAAAAAUAAGUUCGAUUUUUUUUAACCAAAAUUCUGAAUUUGAAAUUGGAAUCUAAUUUUCAAAAAUGUGAGUAUUUCAGUACCAGAAAGUUAAAAGUUUGUUGUUUAAAACUAUAAAUUGUUAAAUUUUUCAUAUAAAAACCAAGGAAUUUUAGGUCAAAAACUAAUCAACUUCCUCAAUUUCAGUCUCAUUUAUCAAAACUCCUACACUUUCAGCACUUUCUUUUUCCUUUUCCCUCAACCUUUCUCUCUUUUUUCCUCCCGAAAAACUUUACAACAUGCAAAAAGUACCAGUUGUUUCCUCCGUUUUUCUUCUCGUUUUUUGCCUCAACAAAAACACAAAAAGUCUUUGCUUGAUUGACUUCUUCUUCUUCUUCUUCCAAAAAAUCUCUUUUUUUAAGGGACCACGCCCCAAAUUUCAUUUAAGCCACGCCCAUUUUUCUCCCCUUUUCUCUUCUUUUUGUCUACUGCGGACCUCUUUUUUUCUGCACCGCCAGCUGCUCCCAAGAGAUUUGAUUUAUUUUUAUUAUAUACUAUUAUAUUUCAUGAGCCUCUAAAUAUUUUAUUGAUAAUGUUGAAAUUCGCUGUGGGACCCUGGGUGGCUGAUAAAUACGGUACUCCUAAUAAUUACUCUAAUACUCAAAAUUUGAAUAAUAACAAUGGGAGACAAAGGAGAAUUCGGUGGGUAUUUCUAGAUAUUUAUUUACUAUGAAAUCUAGAAAAUUAUACGCUUCAAAGUUUUGUCGUUUAAAAUUUUCCGGAUUUUUUUAGUUCAUCUGAUCUUUCAUGAAAGUAAUUAUGAAAUGACUAAACUGAAUCCGAUUUUGAUAAACCUCCAGAUUCAAAUUUUGCCACGUCAUAGCUCACUUGUAUUGUAAGUAUUGAGCAAUUCCCUAUUUUUUGUCAAAAAACUUUCCGAAAUGGCGAAAUCGUACAAACAGUGUACAAAAUGACUCAUUUUUCAAUUUUCUUUUGAAAAUGUUUUUUUGUAUAUAACGACUUUAAAAAAAAGUUUUAUGAUUUUCGCUUGGCUGAAUUGAAAUUUAAUUUUUAAUUGAGGGAAGCAGGAAAAAUGAUCGAAAUAAAAAUAUUUGGAAAAUUAUAAGAUUUUCAGGGUCAUCCUGAAAAAGCUUCCAGAAGCCGAAAAAUUAGUUCUAGACUCAAAUAUUAUGCUCAAAAUGAUGGAAAUACUGUAAAUUUACAGUUUCAGCGUUUUCAGCACAAAAUUUCAGUCCUGAAUAAGAUUUUCAGGAUAUGGAAUAUUUUUCAGAACUUGUAAAUGAGUUCAUAAAAUUUAUAAACCUGUUUAUUUUUCUUUCUGAAUUUUGAGAAAAUCGUAGCAAAAAUUGUUUUUUGGCUCUUGAAAAAAAAACAAAAAAAAAUGCGGUCAUCAUCCAUCCGGUAAUUUGAUAUUUUUCGCCAUUAAAUUAAUAGAUCUAUCUAUCUUUUUUUCGCAAUCUAUCCAUCCCAAUUUUUAAUACAAUAUUAACCGGUUGACGCAUUUUUGUGUGAGUAUUUGUGUGUUGAAAAGAAAAGAAAAGAGCACCUGAAAAUAGUAUGGAAAAUUGAGAGAAACAGAGAAUAAACAAUCAAAAAUUGACUCUUUAAGCUGACUUGAUUUGAACGAUUCAAUUCAAUGAAUGCUGUAGAAAAAAAUUUCAUUUUUUCAUUUGAGUGGCGUCACAGGGUUGAUUUUCAUAUGAAUUGAUUUUAAAAUUCAAUUUUUUUAGCGAAUCUUCGGCACCUUCUUUGCGACAAACCCGCUUGAACAAGGAUUCAACUUACUACGGAACACAAGAGUCUUGCGACGAGAAAAGUUGGACGCCGAGUAUGGUGAGUUAGAGGAACUUGGGACGGAAUUUAGAGGGAAUUUUCAGUAGACCUUCAAAAAUGAUUCGAAAAAAAAAUAAAUUUGAGAGUUUUCUGAUAUUUUUGGAAAUUAAUUUUGAGUUAGGAAACUUGGGAAAUUUUAUUGGAAAGAAUAGUUUUGUUAGUUCAAAUGGUAUGAUUUUGAAUAUUCAAUUUUUGCGAUUUUCUUCUGGACUUUUCAAACCUCACCCAACACCUGGAAUUCCAGGUGGGCAAUUUUUUUUCGAAAAACCUAGGUGGGCAAAAUUUUUUUAGGGUCUUUAAGGUGAGCCUCAGGCGGGCAAAAUUUUUUAAGGGUCUUCAAGGCGAGCCUCAGGUGGGCAAUUUUUUUUACUAGGUGGGCUUUUUUUGAAAAUAAACCCAGAUGGGCAAUUUUUUCCCAUUUCUCCAGGUUCUUGGGUGAGGUUUGUGGACUUUUGGUGGAAUAGGAAACUUGUAUGAUUUGACGGCAAAAUUGAAAUUUUUAAGUGUAACAAUGAAGAAGAAAAUUUUCAUUUGAAUCGUGUUUCUUUAGAAUUCUGGCAAAGGUAAAAUUUUUGAGAUUUAUCCAAGAAUUUCAAAAUAAAAAUUGGCCUCCACUUUAUUUUUUUUUCCUUUAAUUUACUUUUUAAAUAAUUUAGGUCGAACAUAUUUUAGAAAAUUUUGAAACGUAUAUUUUCGGGAUUUUCCAGAAUGAGUCAAAAUUCAAGACUCUGAUGUUUUUCAUUUUUCAUGAAAGUUUCGAAAAAAAAUUGGAAAUGGACUGAAUUUUGAAACUAACGCUUGAAAUUCCGGUCUCUAUAUUUACCAAAGCUUUGACACGUAUAUUUUCGGGGUUUUUAAUUGUCGAAAAAAUCAUAUUUUUGAAAUUAAAAAAAAUCAAAAAUAGAAGACUUGAACAAUUUCAAACUCAUAAAAUGUUUGUAAGUUUCGAUUUUCUUCCGAAAUCUGUCAAAAAUUACCGUUUUUCUCUCUCCGUCUCUCAUUUUCCAGCUCGAAAAAAUCUACGGCGUAUGAUGUUUUGCUAUGUAUAUUCCCCUCUUUUCCCUCAUUUUUCUCGAAUCCGGUUUGUCUCAUCUCUGCGUCUCUCAAUCCUCCAAUACUAUCUCGUUUUUCCAAAAGUACGGUUAAGCAUACAAAUCGGUGUUGCGCAGCCUGCGAAGAAGAAAAAAGAAGCACCUUCAACUCUCUGUCUUUUUUUCUCUCUCGUGGUUUUUUUUUGCGCGCGCAACGAAGUUCUUGUACAUAUUUUACCUACCUAUCUACUAGUAUCUUUUUUCGACGACACAAUUUUUUUUGCUGAAAAUUCUAUUGUUUUUGUCAUCUAUGCCGAUUGGCAGUUCUUUAUCUUUUCGAGUAAAUGGAUCGACGACGCCAGGAAAAAUUGAUAUUGCUGAAACUGUGAGAAGAUUAAAUCGACAGGUUGGAGAAUUUUGGAAAAAAUCAGAUUUUUGGUAGUUUUUGACUAUGAUCCUCUAGUCUGAUUUGUUUUUUUUCCUAUUUUGUUAUGACGUAGAAAAGUGUCACAAAUGUUUAAAUUUUGAAUCAAAACAGUUUCAUUUUUUAUUGAAAAUUUGGUGAAAACCUAAUGUAAGGUCUUGACGUCACAUCUACAAAUUUUCAGCUUGAAAUUCAAAUGUAGGCUAAUUUUUCUAGUCUGAAACAUUGGAUUUUUGAUUUAUUCUCAAAAACUCUCAAUUUUUCACCCACCCUCGCAAAAGUAUUCCAAAUUCCAAAACUAAUUACCAAAUAAAGUAAGUAAGUUCGCAAAAACUCAGUGAACCAAAAAAAAGUUCUCUCUUUCUUUUUCAAAAAGUUUUUAACCAAAUGUAAUUGUUGUAAUUGUAAUUGUAAUUUUGGGUGACCUUGGGGUCUGAUUUUGACCAAAGAAAAAAUAGUUCCAAAACCUUUUACAUUUAUAAUAUGGUGAGUUUCAUAACUUUUUUCAUUUUUAAAUAAAUAUCUUUAAUUAGUUCCAGGAAAUGUCAAAAUCCCUUUUUUUCUAUUUGUUCAAAGGUUGUAUCAAAAAAGUUUUUCAAAAUUUUCUGAACAAAUUUUUUGUUCAAAAGCGGUUUUGAACAUUUUUUCUGAAUUUUGUUACAAAGUAUUAAUCUGAAACAAUUUUUUAUCCCCAAAAAAUACAAUUGAAACUAGUUUGUGUUUCUGAACACAGUAUGUGUAUGUUCACUCUUCAAACACUUUAUUUGUCCUGUGCCGACCGAUAAGUACGUCAGAUACACGGAAAAAUAGAAAAAUCAGUGGAGGAAACAAAUAUUUAUUGAUUGAUUGGGGAUGUUUUGGGUUCGCCGAAAAUUAGAUGUACGGAUUAAAAUUUUCCACACUGAAAAUUACAAAUUCAGAAUUUUUUCGAAAAAAAAAUUGAUUUUCGAAAAUUCCCAUAAAAAUGAAGGCCCUUAAAAUUCUCUGAAAUUACCCAAAUUUCAAUAAUUUUUUUCUAGGCAUGCACUUCAUCAUCUCAACCUCUUCCACCUCAACCAGCUAUUCAUUCUCGCCCAAUUUCCACACCAAAUGGAUCGAAUCGAAAACAAUAUGGAGCUUAUAAUGGAAGUGGAGAACGAUCUUAUACAACAACAACAACAGCAAAUUCGACACAAAAUACUGCUAACAAUGCAAAUUAUUCACCAUAUAUUAGUUAGUUUUUUGAGGGUCAAGUGAACUUUCAACAAAAAAUUGGUUAAUAUUUUAGUGAUAGGUUUUUAUGUCAAUCUGGAAAGUUGUUUUUGCUAUUUUCGAAAUAAGUUUUUUUUAAUUGAAAAUUCUUGACAGUUUUUUUUGGUAUAAUUGAACCUGAAAAUUCAGCAAAAAUUUGAAUAAGAAUCUUCAAAACUAGUUCAAAAUUCUUUUUUUUCAGAUGGAAGUGGAACAAUAUCUCGAUCAUCUGGUGCUGCAAUAAUGAAUAAUAAAGCAAGACUUCCUCCAUCAAAUUAUCCAUCUUCAAGUCCACGAAAUUCUGUGGCAAGUUAUUCAUCUUUUGCAUCAGCUGGAAUUGGAGGAUCUCCCCCAAGAUCUCGAAGAUCUCCCCAAUCAAAUAAAUCAAAUAGUCCAGUUGGAGAAGAUCAAAUUGUGACUGUGAAAAUGCGACCAGAUAGACAUGGUCGAUUUGGAUUCAAUGUGAAAGGUGGAGCUGAUCAGAAUUAUCCGGUGAUUGUUUCAAGAGUUGCACCUGGAAGUUCAGCAGACAAAUGUCAUCCAAGAUUGAAUGAGGGAGAUCAAGUAUUAUUUAUUGAUGGAAGAGAUGUUUCGAUAAUGUCACAUGAUCAAGUUGUUCAAUUUAUUCGAUCUGCGAGACAAGGACAAGGUGAACUACAUUUGACUAUUAAACCAAAUGUUUAUCGAAUGGGAGAAGAAGUUGAUGAGCCUGAUGUUUCUUGUGUUCCCGAACCAGCUAGAGUGGCAGAUUCUGUACCAAGAUCGGAUAAAUUAUCACAGUCUUUGAGAUUAUUGUCAGAUUCACUGAAUGAGGGAAAAAUUGUUGUUCUAUUCGAAAUGUUGUAUCGAAAAAAGCCUGGUCUGCACACAAAUGUUUGUCGGCUUGGAACGAAUUUGGCGAAAAAUCGAUAUCGAGAUGUUUGUCCGUAUGAUGAGACAAGAGUGUGUUUGCAAGGUUCGAGCACUGGUGAUUAUAUCAAUGCCAAUUUUGUGAAUGUGAGUUUUUUUGGGGAUGGGAUAAAGAAAAUAUGAUGUGUGAGAGCUUCGAAAAAAAAAUUGGGUUGAGACGAGUAAAAGAUUUUGAGUAUUCAAAAGUUCUCAAAAAAAAUCAUUUUUUUUGCAAAAUCCAUGUAAAAUUGUGUCAAAAAUUUGUUUGAGAACACGGAAUUUUCAAAAAAAAACCCCCCAGGAAAUGAAACACUUGAUUGUUCAUGUUUUUCAAUCCGAGAACACACCUCGGCCAAGAUCGUGGUUUCCACAAUGAAAAAUUGUACGCUAUAUUUUUACAGUACAAAAAUUGUGAAUUUUUCAGUUUUUGUCCUCUAAAAAUUAUGAUUUUUCAAUUUUUGACCUCUAAAAACUGAAAUUCAGAUUUUUCCAAAAAUUGUACUCUGGCCAGCCACGGCUUGGCCGAGGUGUGUCCGAGAAUUUUAAAUAAAUUUGUGAAAUUCACAAAAAAUAAUUAGAAACUUGAAAUCAUGAACAAUCUAAAUGUAAAUUUUCCAACAACUCUCGAUAAUUGUUUGAGAAACUAAUUUUUGAGAAGCAAGACUAACUUCAAAUUAAUUUACAGAUGGAAAUCCCAUCAUCGGGAAUAAUCAAUCGAUAUAUCGCAUGUCAAGGUCCACUUCAACACACUUCUGCUGAUUUUUGGUUAAUGGUUUGGGAACAAUCAUGUGCAACAAUUGUGAUGUUAACAACAUUAAGUGAAAGAGGAAGAGUCAAAUGUCAUCAAUAUUGGCCAAGAUUAUAUGAAACACAAGAAUAUGGCAAAUUGAUGGUUCGAUGUAUAAAAGAUCGACAGACUCCAAAUUGUUCUUAUCGAGAAUUUACUGUUAGAGAUCGAACGGUUAGUUGUUUUUUUUUGAAUUUUUGGAAAUCUUUCCUUUGAAAAUUUGAAAAUUUUUUGAUACGUAGAGUUCUGUGGUUUCGAAAAAUUACGUACAAAUUAUUUUUGACUGAAUUUGCUUUUGAUUUUCAAAAAUGAAAUAAACAUGAUUAUUUAUUUUAAAGAAAAUCUUGGUUUCAGACAAACGAAGAACGCCGCGUAACUCAAAUGCAAUACACAGCUUGGCCAGAUCACGGUGUUCCAGAUGAUCCAAAACAUUUCAUUUCAUUUGUUGAUGAAGUUCGAAAAGCUCGAAUUGGCUCAGUUGAUCCGAUUGUUGUUCAUUGUUCAGCUGGAAUCGGAAGAACUGGAGUUUUGAUUUUGAUGGAAACUGCCGCUUGUUUAGUUGAAUCAAAUGAACCAGUUUAUCCAUUGGAUAUUGUUCGAACUAUGAGAGAUCAAAGAGCUAUGUUGAUACAAACACCGGUGAGAACAUUUUUGAAGGAUUUUUUUGGGGAAGAAUUCAAAGUUCUAUUCUAGAAAAGUCAAAUAGCUAUAUUUUUCAUUAAAUUUAUAAAAUUUUCUUAUUUUUAGGAAUGCCCCUAACUUUCUUAGGCCCUAAUCAAAAACUAAAAUUCUAAAUUGUUGUGGUAAACAAAAUAAAAAUUUUCAAAAUAUUCUGAAUUUCGUCAAAUGAAAAAAUUAGUCACAAUUUUAUUUCAAGAUCAAAAAACUGGUUUUUUCCUUUUGUAGUUUGUAAUUCCACUUUUAGAUUAGAGAUGAGAAAUAGAUAAAGUUUGUAGUUUGACUGAAACAGGAGAAAUUGACUUUUCGAAAUGUUUUACAUGAUUUUUUUUUUCAAAAGGCGGAAAUAAAAAAAUGAGUCAUUUUUUGUUUUUUAACUUAACAUGAGCAAUGCUGGUUUUUUGUGCAAAAUUGGGAAAAUCGGGAUUUUUAAUUUUCGAGUCUCCGCAAUCAGAGUUUACAACAUCUUCCCCACAUGAUUUUUUGUUUCAAAUUCCAAUUUCAUAUUAUUUCAGGGUCAAUACACGUUUGUAUGUGAAUCAAUUCUUCAAGCCUAUAAUGAUGGAAUCAUCAAACCACUUGCUGAAUAUCAAAAACGCUAG